CCCUCCCUGGAUCCCCGCGCUGCUCACUCGCUCUCCCCGCGCACGCUCCGUCUCCGUCAGUCCCCUGAGCUGUUCUGGUGCGCGGCGUGGAGCCAGGGCUCAGGCUGGUGGAGCGGCCGGGGCUGGAGGCUGGGAGUGCGGCGCGCACGGCCUCCCCGCGCCAUUAUCCGCGCUCGCUACGGGCGAGGCCGGCGCCAGGAUGGCAGAAAUGGGGAGCAAGGGGGUGACGGCGGGCAAGAUCGCCAGCAAUGUACAGAAGAAGCUGACCCGAGCGCAGGAGAAGGUCCUGCAGAAACUGGGGAAGGCGGACGAGACGAAGGAUGAGCAGUUUGAACAGUGCGUCCAGAAUUUCAAUAAGCAGCUGACAGAGGGUACUAGGCUGCAGAAGGAUCUUCGGACCUACCUGGCUUCUGUUAAAGCCAUGCAUGAAGCCUCCAAGAAGCUGAGCGAGUGUCUCCAGGAGGUGUAUGAACCUGAGUGGCCCGGCAGGGAUGAAGCGAACAAGAUUGCGGAGAACAAUGACCUACUGUGGAUGGAUUACCACCAGAAGCUGGUGGACCAGGCUCUGCUCACCAUGGACACCUACCUGGGCCAGUUCCCUGAUAUCAAGUCACGCAUCGCCAAGCGUGGGCGGAAGCUGGUGGACUACGACAGCGCCCGGCACCACUAUGAGUCUCUUCAAACCGCCAAAAAGAAGGAUGAAGCCAAAAUUGCCAAGGCAGAAGAGGAGCUCAUCAAAGCCCAGAAGGUGUUUGAGGAGAUGAAUGUGGAUCUGCAGGAGGAGCUGCCGUCCCUGUGGAACAGCCGCGUAGGUUUCUAUGUCAACACGUUCCAGAGCAUCGCGUGUCUGGAGGAAAACUUCCAUAAAGAGAUGAGUAAGCUCAAUCAGAACCUCAAUGAUGUCCUGGUCAGCCUCGAGAAGCAACAUGGGAGCAACACCUUCACUGUCAAGGCCCAGCCCAGUGACAAUGCCCCUGAAAAAGGGAACAAGAGCCCCUCGCCUCCUCCAGAUAGCUCUCCUGCUGCUACACCUGAGAUCAGAGUGAACCAUGAGCCAGAGCCGGCCAGUGGGGCCUCACCCGGGGCCACCAUCCCCAAGUCCCCAUCGCAGCUCCGGAAAGGCCCGCCUGUCCCUCCGCCUCCCAAACACACCCCAUCCAAGGAGAUGAAGCAGGAGCAGAUUCUCAGCCUUUUUGAUGACGCAUUUGUCCCUGAGAUCAGCGUGACCACCCCCUCCCAGUUUGAGGCCCCUGGGCCUUUCUCAGAGCAGGCCAGUCUACUAGACCUGGACUUCGAGCCCAUCCCACCAGUGGCAAGCCCUGUGAAGGCACCCACACCCUCUGGUCAGUCAAUCCCGUGGGACCUCUGGGAGCCCACAGAGAGUCAAGCUGGCAGCCUGCCUUCCGGGGAGCCCAGUUCUGCUGAGGGCAGCUUUGCUGUGUCCUGGCCCAGCCAGACAGCCGAGCCAGGGCCUGCCCAACCAGCAGAGGCCUCCGAGGUGGUGGGUGGAGCCCAGGAGCCAGGGGAGACAGCAGCCAGUGAAGCAGCCUCCAGCUCUCUUCCGGCUGUGGUGGUGGAGACCUUCUCAGCAACUGUGAAUGGCGCCGUGGAGGGCAACGCUGGGACUGGACGCUUGGACCUGCCCCCGGGAUUCAUGUUCAAGGUGCAAGCCCAGCAUGAUUACACGGCCACUGACACUGACGAGUUGCAACUCAAAGCUGGCGAUGUGGUGCUGGUGAUCCCUUUCCAGAACCCAGAGGAGCAGGAUGAAGGCUGGCUCAUGGGUGUGAAGGAGAGCGACUGGAAUCAGCACAAGGAACUGGAGAAAUGCCGCGGCGUCUUCCCUGAGAAUUUUACAGAGCGGGUGCAGUGACCACGGAGCCUCUGCAGCCUUCCGGUGUGUGAAGAAUCUUUUCCCAAAAGAUGUGUGCUUUUCUUUUCUUUGUUUUUCUUCCUCUCUUUUCUGUUUUUGUUUUGUUUUGAAACUCUUGAAAAGUGUCGGGAAGUUGGGGAGCGGAAACUUAAGCCAAGAGGUGUACCCCCAAAGAUGAAGUGGUUUUCCAAAGAGCCGUCCGACCCAGUUCAGUGGACUUCUCCAGUGUUCCCGAAGCUGCUGUGUGCCCCCUAGUUGAUUCCCGAUGCCCGCAUGUUCAGGGCGGGCCGGGGGUGCAGAGCCACCGCCACACUUGCCUGACGCUUGGCCGCGCCACCGAGCAGGGCUUGGGUCCUCUUCAGGCAGCUGCCCUGGGCAGGGCCUGCACACUGGCCCAGCCUGGUCCCGCUCUGCAGACCAACCGUGUGCUGUUUGAAAAUAAGCCCUAGUGUUCAAAAUACAGCGAAACAAACAAAAAAGAAAAACCUGACAAAACCA